UUAAAAAAAAAAAACUUUAAAACUAGGAAUUAAAAGAAGAACACUUAGGAAAUCUAAAGAAAUUCAAAGCACAGAAAUAGGUUCCAGUCAGUUCUACAUACACUAAUCUUAAAUUGUCUGCAAACUUCAUGAGAGGAAUUGCUAAUAUUGGAUCCCUUUGAAAAUGAUGAAAUAAGCAUGACUAUGUGAGUCUAGUAGUUUGGCCCAAAGGACAAAGGGCCGAACUUGUAUCCUGCUUGGCCUAUGCAGGUUCCACCAGUCGAGGAGGUGCUUGCCUAAACCCUGAACUGGAGAAUAUUACAUGUGAUUGCUCUGGGUUGUUUGGGCGGACAGGUGAUUAGACGUACUGUCCUCCCUGGGUCUGCCCAUAAAGAGUUCAGGAAGCUGGGGAUUCCUCCUUCAACCAGGAGUUCUCUGGGAAACAAAUGAGAUUUCACCCUGCUGGUCAUUCCUACGAGCGAAGUUACCAAAACCUGGUACCUACCAGUUCUUUGAACGUCAGGUGUCUACACACACCUCUCCUGGGACUACAGUUAAUUGAAACAGGGAAUCAGACCAUUUCAGAGGAGUGGAAGGAGAAUGCUCCGGGGCAGAUCUCUAUCUGUGACAUCCGUGAGCGGGCUUCCUCGGUGGGAAGUUGAAGAACUUCCUGUGGAGGAUUUACUGCUCUUUGAAGUUGCUUGGGAAGUGGCCAAUAAAGUUGGUGGCAUCUAUACUGUGAUUCAGACAAAGGCUAAGACAACAGCAGAUGAAUGGGGAGAAAAUUAUUUCCUGAUAGGUCCAUAUUUUGAGAAUAAUAUGAAGACUCAGGUGGAACAGUGUGAACCUGUAAAUGAGACUGUUCGAAGAGCAGUGGACACAAUGAACAAUCACGGAUGCCAGGUGCAUUUUGGAAGAUGGCUGAUAGAAGGGAGUCCUUACGUGGUGCUCUUUGACAUCGGCUCUUCAGCUUGGAAUCUGGACAGGUGGAAGGGUGACCUUUGGGAAGCAUGUUGUGUUGGCAUCCCUUAUCAUGACCGAGAAGCCAAUGACAUGCUGAUAUUCGGAUCUUUAACUGCCUGGUUCUUAAAAGAGGUGACAGAUCACGCGGAUGGUAAACACGUCAUUGCCCAGUUCCAUGAAUGGCAGGCCGGAAUUGGACUGAUUCUUUCCCGAGCCCGGAAACUUCCUAUUGCCACAAUAUUCACCACCCACGCCACUCUGCUUGGGAGGUACCUAUGUGCAGCAAACAUUGAUUUCUACAACCAUCUCGAUAAGUUUGACAUAGACAAAGAGGCCGGGGAAAGGCAGAUUUACCACCGGUAUUGCAUGGAGCGAGCCUCUGUUCAUUGUGCUCAUGUGUUCACCACCGUUUCUGAAAUAACAGCAAUAGAAGCAGAACACAUGCUGAAGAGAAAACCUGAUGUCAUUACUCCAAAUGGCUUGAAUGUUAAGAAAUUUUCAGCAGUACAUGAGUUUCAAAAUCUGCAUGCCAUGUAUAAGGCCAGGAUCCAAGAUUUUGUUCGAGGUCAUUUCUACGGUCACCUUGACUUUGAUCUUGAAAAGACUUUGUUCCUUUUCAUUGCUGGGAGGUAUGAGUUUUCAAACAAAGGAGCUGACAUCUUCCUAGAAUCUUUAUCCAGGCUAAAUUUCCUGCUGAGGAUGCAUAAAAGUGACGUCACAGUUGUGGUGUUUUUCAUUAUGCCUGCCAAGACAAAUAAUUUCAAUGUGGAAACCCUGAAAGGACAGGCAGUGCGAAAACAGCUAUGGGACACUGCACAUUCUGUGAAGGAAAAGUUUGGAAAGAAACUCUAUGAUGCAUUAUUAAAAGGAGAAAUUCCUGACAUGAACAAUAUUCUGGAUCGAGAUGAUCUAACGAUUAUGAAAAGAGCCAUCUUUUCAACUCAGCGACAUUCUUUGCCUCCAGUGACCACUCACAACAUGAUUGACGAUGCCACGGAUCCCAUCCUCAGCACCAUUAGACGUAUCGGACUUUUCAACAGCCGCACAGACAGAGUCAAGGUGAUUUUGCACCCAGAGUUCCUAUCCUCCACCAGCCCGUUAUUGCCCAUGGAUUAUGAAGAGUUUGUCAGAGGCUGUCAUCUCGGGGUAUUUCCAUCAUACUAUGAACCCUGGGGCUAUACCCCAGCUGAAUGCACUGUGAUGGGUAUCCCCAGUGUGACAACAAACCUCUCUGGCUUUGGCUGUUUCAUGCAGGAGCACGUGGCUGAUCCUACUGCAUAUGGUAUUUACAUUGUUGACAGGAGGUUCUGUUCUCCAGAUGAUUCUUGCAACCAGCUGACGAAGUUUCUCUAUGGAUUUUGCAAACAGUCACGCCGCCAAAGAAUUAUCCAGAGAAACCGAACUGAGAGGCUCUCAGAUCUUCUGGAUUGGAGAUACUUAGUCAGAUAUUACCAGCACGCCAGGCAUCUGACAUUGAGCAGAGCUUUUCCAGAUAAAUUCCAUAUGGAACCAACAGCACCACCAACGACAGAGGGAUUUAAAUACCCGAGGCCUCCCUCAGUACCACCUUCUCCUUCAGGGUCUCAGGCCUCCAGCCCUCAGAGCAGUGAUGUGGAAGAUGAUGAGGAUGAGAGAUACAAUGAGGAAGAGGAGGCUGAAAGGGAUCGGUUGAAUUUCAAGUCGCCAUUUUCUCUGGGUCAAGUUCCUCAUGGCAAGAAAAAGCUACAUGGUGAAUAUAAGAACUGAAUUCCUCACUUGCUGAACAGAGCUAAUUCAAUAACAACAUAAGAAU